UUAAUUUACAGAAAUUUUAGCGGUUGAUCAUUUUGGUUUCUGUUAGUAGUCGGUUAACAGGUAAUUAACUACAGUUUAAGCUUUACAGUUUAAGUUGUGGAAAAAUAAAAACAAACAUCUCAUUCAACCAUCUCUCUCUCUCGCGCUCAUCUUCCUCGCUGCCAAUUGUUGACUGAAUCAUCUCUUCAAUCUAAUCAUCGGAUCCUCCACCAUUAGGUAAUACUCAUACGAUCAUCUAUUUAUCUUUCUGGGUUAUUUUUCCGGUUUUUUUUUUUUUAAUUUCAGAUUCUUGUCUGGGUUUCUGAUUGAAUCCAUUCUUGACACUGUCGGUCUCCCGUUCUUCUGUUCGACCACUUUCAAGCUUAGGCUAGUUGAAUGGGGUCGAGUACUUCCACUAAAGUUGAAGGUUGCUGUUUUCAAAGGAUUAGAAAACUGUCCCAGUCUCAAGAAAGGUAACAUUCUUGUGUGUUUGUUCUCAUUUCUUGCCUUUCUGGGGAAUUUAAGAACUGAUAAGAGUACUGUGUAUUGUUCUGGAUGCUUGAUUUUGAAAGGACCACAGGAUUUGCCUGGACACUGGAUUGUGACUGGAGCAAAGCUAGACGUUAAAAAGGGUGGAAACCAUCAUAUCGAGCACUUGAAAUACGAUUCUCGUCUGAUUCUCCAUUGAUCUUCAGAUCAUUUGUCUCUCUAUGUCUUCUUCUUCUUCCUCGUCUCGCAAUUGGCUAUACGACGUCUUCCCUGUUAGAGUAAUAUAUGCAAAUAUACGAUAGUUAAUGUAUUCCGUGUGUAUCAAGUGUAAAUCUUCAAUUACAGAUCUGAUAUGAUCUCAUAUGUAAUCUGUAUAUAUUGUGACCAUGGUAAUACAAGGGGAUCAUCGAGCUCUAUUCCAACUUACAUGGUAUCAGAGCCUUUCAAAUUCUCUUAUCGAUCCUCCUAAUUAAUCUUUUGCUUC